GGCGCUUUCCUGGCCAACGGACCUCUGCCAUGCAUUUCGCUAAGACAUACACACAGCUCCUGCUGAGUCUCCCGCCCGAGCUCACAGAAAAUGCCAUCGAGUAUCGCAAGCUCAAGAAGCUAAUUAACAACGUCGUCUCCGAGCUCCAGGACCUUGGUGAGCGUUUUCUGUACGCCGCCGCUGGUAGCGCGGGCCUGACGAACGUGCGUCGCUGGAUAGGCUACCCCCCGGACAAGCUUCACCAAGUCCUUCUCGAAUCCCAGUCGGCUACCGAUCCCGGCGGCAAGGGCAAGGCGAGGGAGACGGACGCCUCCUGGGUUCCCGUCAGCUCUUCUCAAGAUCACACCGGCCUUCCUAGGGUCGUAUACGAGAUCAAGGCAGACUCGGGUCGUCUGGAGCCUCGCCUCAGAAUUCUUGUCAAUUCACCCGACACAAAGACCUCUGAGCUACCACUGCAGUCCAUAACGGCUCUCGAGAAUGUGUCGAGUCAGAGCCUCGAUAGCUCUCCGGGCACCCCACCAGAGCCAGCGCAGGACGCGGGUGAGCUGACCGCCUCGGCAUCAGAAGCGGCCUCAGCGAGUACGGUUACCCAGGAGGGCGAGGACUCGAAGCAAAUAAUACACAUAUCGUGUGUACCUAAUGCCUCUUCCUUAUAAAACUUACUGGAAAUUUCUCUAUCCGCAGCACCCAACGGGGCGAGCCUCGGGAAGUCGUCAUACCGCUCGCGUCUGACACGCAGUUUUUUGAGGUGCUCAUGCAGGCCCUGCAGGCCCUGAGCACCCAUCUCGGCACAAUUAGCGACGAGUUCAAGGAGAACCUCUCUGCGCUCGCACGCGAGGUGGCAUCCACCGCCCGCCCGGUGUCCGCGACCUCGACCUCCUUCCACCCGCACUCGACCGCAUCGAACCCCGCCGCCGUCACGGUGCACACCCCGGGGUUCCUGCAUCGCGGCGGACGGUCGGACCUGUACCAGUGGCGCGAGAUCUUCCAGCUGUAUGUCGACACCGAGGUCUUCGAGAGCCGCAGCGAGGCGGCACGCGGCGAGCGGAACGUCGAGGACGCCGAGAGCCGCCUCGCGCUGUUCACGCAGCGCCUCGCCGCGCGCGGGUACGACGUCGGCGGGCAUGCGCUCAAGCUCAAGCAGAGCCGGCGCGCGCUGCAGACGUUCCUCGACCUGAACGUGUUCAUCCUCGACCUGAAGAAGGUGCGUCCUGGCGCCACACCACACCCACGCACACCCAUGUUUCGUUCGUUCGCUCUCACUCACUCACACGCGCACCCUCCCGCCUGCCGCAGUUCCAGUUCGCGACGACCGAGGCGACGCGCAAGAUCCUGAAGAAGCACGCGAAGCGGACGGCGCUGCCCGUGUCGCCCUCGCUGACGGGCCGCUUCGCCUUCACGAGCAGCGGCAGCACCCGGCUCGCACUGCCCACCCACCCUUCGUCGCCGUCGUCGUCGGCACAGCAGCUCGUGCCGCACGCCGCAGCCGGCGCGCGGGGGACGACGACGUCGCUCGCGCGCAUGCUCGUGCAGGCGCUCGGCGAGACGCUGCUGCCCGUCGUGCCGCACAUCGACGACUACGCGUGUGUGAUCUGCACCGCGAUCGCCUUCAAGCCGGUGCGCCUCCGCUGCGGCCACCUCUUCUGCGUCCGCUGCCUCGUCAAGAUGCAGAAGCGCGGGGAAGACCGCUGUCCGAUGUGCCGCGCGCCGACGGUCCUCGUCGCGGAUCGCUGUCAGUGUUUCUG